CUAGAAUAUACGAACGAGGAAAUGUAAACAAAAAGGUUGGAAAACACGAAAAACGUUCGCGCAGCACGUCGACGACCGCGUGUAAUUUAUGUGAUUUUAAAAUUUUAAUAGAUUUUUGUGCUGAAAUUUGAAGUUAUCGUCAGUUAAAAGUUACAUAAUCGGUUGUGCAAAAUGAGCCGAUACGAUGAUGCAAUAGAAGAUGUUUCCAGCAGACUCAACAUGGUUGAGCUAAAAAAACCAACGAUCGGUGAAGGCGAUAGUGACCUUCCAGAAGAAAAAGUUCCAGUUCACAAAGUAGAAGUUGAAAUCGCCGAUGCACUUUUCGGUGGUUCCAGAUACGAAGCGGCCAACGGAAGCGAUUGUGAGGAAGACGAGUAUUUCAGCGACAGCGAUGGAGAACUUUACGGGUUUGAUGUGGAUAAUGUUCGCAAAAAUCAGGUAGUAAACAUGCAGCAGUCGUCUCACUCAAAUCUUCAAUCGGGGAGCCAGAAGGUGGCCAAUUUUCAACCGGCAGAUAUUUUGUUCAAAAAGUUUACCAACAAAAUCAAUGUGGAAAAAUAUGAAGGACCGGCGAAGUUGCCGAAUCAUGCACGGAACACUCUGAUCGAAACGCAACGAAAAGCUGACACUGAUCGUCUUCGUAGUAAGGACAAACAGGACCGAGCAACGGCUGAACAGGUCAUGGACCCGAGAACGAGGAUGAUUUUGUUCAAAUUACUGAACAGAGAUAUGAUCAGUGAGAUUAACGGAUGCAUUUCCACCGGCAAGGAAGCGAACGUGUAUCAUGCUACUGCAAAAACCGGAAUGGAUUACGCUAUAAAGAUUUUCAAAACAUCCAUACUGAUCUUCAAGGAUCGGGAUAAGUAUGUAACUGGCGAGUUUCGGUUCCGUCAUGGAUAUUGCAAGCACAAUCCCCGUAAAAUGGUUCGCACAUGGGCCGAGAAAGAAAUGCGUAAUCUGGUUCGCAUGAAAAAAUGCAACCUACCAGUGCCGGAACCGAUUUUGUUGCGUAGUCACGUAUUGGUUAUGGAAUUCAUCGGAAAGGACGGUUGGCCAGCUCCUAAGCUGAAGGAUGUGGACAUCAGCGGUUCCAAAGCUCGCGAGUUGUAUCGGGACGCAGUUGAAAUGAUGUGGACAAUGUACAACAAAUGUAAACUGGUGCACGCAGAUUUGUCAGAGUUCAACAUACUUUAUCACGAUGGUAAAAUUGUUAUCAUUGACGUUAGUCAGUCGGUCGAGCACGAACAUCCGCACGCAUUGGAGUUCCUACGCAAGGACUGCACAAACAUAACGGACUUUUUCCGCAAGAAAGAAGUAUCCACGAUGACGGUUAAAGAAUUGUUUGAUUUCAUAACCGAUGCUACAAUCACCGAAGCCAAUAUGGAGGAUUGUCUCGAAACAAUUUCAGACAAAAUUUCGAAUCGUAGCUUCGACGAGUUCACCGAACAGCAAAAGUUAGAAGAGGAAGUGUUUAAGCAGAUUUUCAUUCCCAAAACUUUGCACGAUGUGUACGACGUUGAGCGGGACAUUUUCGGAAAAGGCAACAAGGAAGAGCUGGUAUACAAAACGAUAGCCGGAUUAGAUUCGAGUUUGAACGUAGCUGACACCCCACAAGUGCUGCUAGAAAACGAUAGAGUUCAAGUAAAUCCCUCUUCAUCCGAAGCCAGUGAUGAUGGAAGCUCCAGCGACGACGAUGACAGCGAAAAUGGUGACGAUAAACCCAAUUCCGGCAAAACCAUCCGAGGUAAAAACGAAACGGCAGAGGAGCGCAAGGCACGCAAAAAAGCAGUGAAAGAUGAAAAGGCAGAAAAACGGAAAACAAAAGUGAAGAAACACAUAAAAAAACGAAAGGAAAAAAUGGCUCGGAAAUAAUAAUCCUCGUAUUGAAAUUAUGAUUGUAUAUUUAAUAUAUUUUAUUAUACUUUCAGUUGCUGAAUUUGUAUCAUUUUUGUAUAAGUACAAAAACUAUUUUGAGC